GCCACCAUGUCUGCCUCCACCGGCCUGUGUGACGUCCAGCGGAGAAUCGAUGACGUGCAGCGCUUUCUGACUUCAACUUUGAAAGUUUCGAACGCCCAUACGAUGGAUUUUUACACCAACGACGUGUGGAAACGUUUCAUCGCAGUCUCGCCUGAGGACGUGUUGUCGGCGCUUAGUUCCAGUGGUGACCGGAAGAUGGCGCCGCGCAUCCAACAUGAAGGACACUCCGGAACCACGUUUGGGUUUUGCAACCGAACCCAGCGGCUGGUUGACCCGCAGCAGCUGCUGCAAGGCGCCAGGGCUCACUCGCUGCCCAGCUUGGGCUUGUGUCAGAGCCGGGAGGAGUUUCUCCAGAGCAUCAGGCGACACCAGCAGCAGGAGCUCCUGACAGAGAUGGGUCCGGAGCUGGAGCCCGAUGACUUCAUGAACUCCAAGAAAUCGCAUGAGGUCCAGUCCAUGUCAGAGGUGGUGGCUGCCCUGGCUGCACGCUGCAGAGUCAAGCAGGUGAUUGACCUGGGCUCAGGAAAAGGCUACCUGAGCUCCUUCCUGUCCAUGCAGUUCGGCCUCCAGGUCUUCGGCAUCGACUCGUCCAGCACCAACACCCGGGGAGCGCAGGAGAGGAACAGGAAGCUGAAGAAGUUCUCCAGGAUGUACCAGAAGCAGAAGAAGAGGACGGAUGCGGGGCGUCCAGCGUCACCUCAGGCGGUGGAGGAGGUGUCGUCUGGGCUUGCUGCUGUCAGGGUUGUGUCUGAAGAGGACCAGGAGAGAGAGGAAGAAACCGCCUCCACUCUGGCCGAGAACUUCUUCAGCGCUUCGGCACUGGACGUGGUGGAAACCCCCAGGUCACCCCGGGUCAAGCUGACAGAUGAGGAGCGGGAGAGGAGGAAGAAGGAGAGCCUGGAAAGGAAGUCUCAGAGUUCAUCCAGCGGCAGCAGCUCGGUGUUCUCUCCGGUGACCUCGCACGUCACCGCCCAGACCAAACUGCAAGAGCUCGUCUGUGACCUGGAGGAGGCGGUGAUGGUGGGCCUGCACACGUGUGGAGACCUGGCUGCCAGCACGCUCCGGAUAUUCGUGGCUCAAGCUCCAGUGUCCGCCGUCUGCAGUGUGGGCUGCUGCUACAACCUCAUGUCCGAAGAGUUCGACCCUGACGCUCAAGAUGGGCCACAGAGUGUCUACGGUUUCCCCAUGAGUCAGUACGUGCGUCAGCACUCCUGGUUCUGCGGCAGGAACGCGAGGCUCUCCGCGUGUCUGUCGCUGGAGCGAGUGUCCCACGGCCAGGGUAUCCAGAUGGAGUCUCUGUUCUACCGGGCUGUGCUUCACGUCAUCAUCAGGGACCACUACAGCCCCCUCAGGAGCAAGAAGAGAGUGGGAACCAUCUACUCCAAGUCCAACUCUUUCGUGGACUACGUCCGCCGAGCUCUGCACCGACUGGAACUGGACCACUCCAAGCUGUCCGACCGUGAGAUCCAGCAGUACCUGGACACCUACAGCCCACGCAGGAGCGAGAUGGACGCCUUCAACAUGCUGAAGGUGACGCUGGCUCCCUGCAUCGAAGGGCUGGUCCUCCUGGACCGCCUCUGUUACCUGAAGGAGCAGGAGAGUGUGUCCUUCUCUUCACUGGUGCAGCUGUUCGAUCCCCUGCUGUCGCCGCGCUGCUACGCUGUCGUCGGACUCAAGGCUCCACGAGUCUGUGAUGGACAUCUGGACCUGUCGUGAGGCUGCUCUUUAGCAGUGAGGACCAUGGAGGGAGGACGGUGGAGACAGGUGAAGGUGGUGGAUUGCAGUGGCAGAAGAGGGCAGCCUUCCUUUCACUGUGAACUGGAUCAGACUUGAAACACAGCUGAAGAUGGAAUUGUUCUCCUCGUAUUCUGAAGAAACACUUCUGGAAACUUCAUUCACUGCCCCCCCCACUCUGCCCCCUCCAGAGCCCCCUUCAUCCCCACCUCUGUUCCCCUCCCACCCAGAGUCCAGAGAAGUCCUCAGCUGACAGGGUUGAUGGGAGAGCAAGCACCAGCCGAAGCUCUGGGAGCCGGUGGUGACAGGACUGGCGCGGUGCCUCUGCCUUUGUCUGGGUGGAGCCAGUCGACGUGCUGAAUUUAUGACGGAGCCGUGUGGAAAGUCUCAUCAGGAGCGCGUUAAAUCCAAGUCUGAGGAACUGUUGCUGUUGUUUAGCCUCACCGCGGCGACUUCUUGUCUGGACCUCUUUUCCCACCGUUGAACUUUUCCCUCACAUGAGACCGGCUCGUGCACACUUGCCCCUCUUAUCAAAGCCUCCUCCUUGUUUCAGUCUCGUUUCACCAAGGCCUAACAAGGACUGGCGUGGUUCCUCAUAAAUCUCUUCACUGUUUCCCAGCCCGGUUGCUGUGGUGACAUCUUUAUUUGGGAGCACGGCUCCUUCCGUUUCUCCGGCCCGAGGCCCUUGUCAUCACUCUCCUUGGUCGCAGGGUGACCGGCCCUCUUCCUCUGUUUCAGAAGCUGAGGGUCUUUCAAAGGUCCGUGACCCAUUUAAACAUGUUUUCUUUGGUUUUUAGGUCCAGGUAUUGGAUCGAUUGAUUUUUUUUACUCGUGGAAUAAAAUCAAGUUUGAACUUUUAAGCCUUCUUUGACCUACAUCUGCUCGUGGUUCCUCGUCUGACCAAACGUCUCAGUCAUA